CAUCGAUCGAUUCAAGACCACAGCCAUAUCCAUCUCAUUGUUCGUCUAUAUAGAUAGAUAUGUUCUCCAAACCAAGCCGCGUUAGCGUUUUCGCCUUGGGCCUAGUUGCCGCUGGUUCUCUUCAGCUUGUUGCUGCUGGACCUUGUGACAUCUACGCGUCUGGUGGCACACCAUGCGUUGCCGCACACAGCACAACUCGUGCCUUGUAUGGAGCUUAUAGCGGCCCACUCUAUCAGGUACGACGCGGCUCCGACAAUGCCACGACUACGAUCUCGCCGCUAUCUGCCGGUGGUGUUGCCAAUGCCGGCGCUCAAGACUCCUUCUGCGCGUCGACAACGUGCCUCAUCUCUAUCAUCUAUGACCAGUCUGGCCAUGGUAACCACAUCACGCAGGCUCCUCCCGGCGGUGCCGCCCAAGGGCCACUGCCAGGGGGCCUUGAUAACUUGGCUGGCGCAAUUGGUGCGCCUGUCAGGCUGAACGGGCAAAAGGCAUACGGUGUCUUCAUUGCACCCUUUACGGGCUACCGCAACAACAACGCCAAUGGAACUGCAACAGGAGAUAGUCCAGAGGGCAUGUACGCUGUUUUUGACGGCACUCAUUACAACACGGCUUGUUGUUUUGACUAUGGUAACGCCGAGACCAACUCUCGCGAUACCGGCAACGGCCACAUGGAAGCCAUCUACUUUGGAACCGGUGAUGGCUCUGGUCGCGGAACAGGCUCUGGAAGUGGCCCGUGGAUCAUGGCCGACUUGGAAAACGGUCUUUUCUCUGGUUUCGACCCUAUUAACAACCCCGCUGACCCGACAAUCACCUCUCGAUUUGUCACCGCAAUUGUCAAGGGACAGCCGAAUCAGUGGGCAAUCCGUGGCGGAGACUCCACCACUGGCUCUCUAUCAACAUUCUACAGCGGCGUGCGUCCCAAUGGCGGCUACCAGCCAAUGAGCAAGGAAGGUGCCAUCAUCCUUGGUACUGGUGGUGAUAACAGCGAUGGCGCCCAGGGAACCUUUUACGAGGGCGUCAUGACCACGGGCUACCCAUCUGAUUCCACCGAAAACUCGGUCCAAGCCAACAUUGUGGCUGCCAAAUAUACAUUCGACCCCAGCUUGAUGACCAGUGGACCAUCUCUCAGCGUUGGAUCGCACAUUUCUCUGCGUGCUACAACCGCCUGCUGCACAACGCGAUAUAUCGCACAUUCGGGUUCAACUGUCAACACUCAGGUUGUCUCGUCGUCUGACAGCACCGCUCUCAAGCAGCAGGCCAGCUGGAUCGUCCACACUGGUCUUGGAAACAGUGCCUGCUUCUCGUUUGAGUCUGUCGACACUCCCGGCAGCUAUAUCCGGCACUCCAAUUACGCUCUAGUUCUCAACGCCAAUGACGGCAGCAAGCUGUUCGGUGAGGACGCUACAUUUUGCCCGCAAGCAGGUCUUAAUGGCCAGGGCAACUCUUUCCACUCAUGGAGCUAUCCCAAUCGCUGGUGGCGACACUACAAUGCCCUUGGCUACAUCGCUGCUAAUGGUGGCGAGCAUGCCUUUGACAGCCCUACUUUGUUCAACGACGAUGUGAGCUUCGUGGUCAGUGCAGGCUUUGCUUAAGUCCUAGGCCACCAGUCCUUGCCAAAGUAAUAGCGUACAUCACUUCUAGCUGAUUGUGACACAUACGAGCUUCUUUCUUUGGCUUGUUUACUGCUACCUGUGGCCAAUAAUAAGGAAAAUGUACAUAAUGGCGUGGUCAAAACAGUUAAUAAAGCUGGCUAGUAUAUAUAUGAUGAAAUGAAG